AUGCGUGCGUACGAGCGACUGGUGCGACGUGUGGAUGGGAGAGACGCGCGCGGGACGAGACGAGAGGCGACGAGACUGACGGCGGCUCGAGUAUCGUUCGCGCGCAGGACUGAUGCGGCGGUGCAGACGUAUUGGAUCGAUUACGAUGGUCGAUUGCGACCGUAUUCGACGAUCGCGUCGGGGGAGACGUUCGAUCAGGGAACGUACGAGACGCAUCCGUGGACGUUUACGACGAAGGCGUCGUCGAGGAAUGGGAAGGCGAAAUCGGAACGGCGGCGGUGCGUGGUGAACGAUUCUCCGAUAUACGUCGUUUCGGGCGAAGAAGACGUGAGUGACGGGAGUUUAAACGACCGGGAGAAAAAGGCGCGCGUCGUGGAGAUUCGGCGACCGCGCGUCGUGGACUGGUCGCCGGACGUGCACGAAGCGUUUUCAAUCGGCUUCAAGCGAGCGGUGAGAUGCUUCUUGUUGGCGCACCAGCGAUCGCGGUCGACGAGCGCGGACAAGGGAUUGGGGACGAUGCCGAACGAUAUGUUACUCGAGAUCAUCGCGCGCAUGGCGCCCAUGAAACGGGUGUAUCGCGAAAUCGGCGCGUGA